AUGAAGAUCACACUCAAGACCCUGCAGCAGAGUCAAUUCGACGUGGAAAUUGACGAAAACGAAACGGUGCGAAACCUCAAAGAAAAGAUUCAGUCUUCAAAGGGAGCCGAUUACAAUGCCGACUGGAUGAAACUCAUCUACUCGGGCAAAAUUUGGGGCGACAAUGAUGUCCUGAAGUCCUGCUCAUAUGACGAGAGCAAGUUUGUCGUUGUUAUGGUGACCAAGCCCAAACCGGCUCCAGCUGCGGCAAACCCUCCGCCCAAGGCUAGCCAGCCCGCUGCUGAACCAACUCCCCCGGAUUCUCCCACUCGAGGCACAGCCUCAGCCGGCGGUGCCGCCACCGCUUCCUCUUCCAUUGCUGCCGAGUCGACCAUUGUCAUUGGCAGCGAUUAUGAGCGCAUUGUCGCGCAACUGGUCGAAAUGGGAUACGGACGACCUGAGGUGGAACGUGCCCUCCGUGCUAGCUUCAACAAUCCAGACCGUGCUGUCGAGUAUCUUCUCUCAGGCAUUCCAGUUGAUUUGGAAGAAGGUGGCGGUGCUCCAGCCGCUGGCAAUGUCCCUCCGGCUGCCGGUGGAGCUCCGGCCUCUGCUGGAGCCGGGGCCCCUGCAGCUGCCGCUGGCCGUGGAGAAAGUGGCGCCGGCGGUGGCGGUGGAAACCCUUUGGAAUUUCUAAUGGCUCAACCUCAGUUUCAGCAAAUGCGACAGGCUGUUCAGCAAAACCCUGCACUUCUUAACACUCUGAUGCAGCAAAUUGGCCGCAACAACCCUCAACUCAUGGACAUGAUCAACCAGAACCAGGAAGAUUUUCUGCGAAUGAUCAACUCAAACGAGCCUUUGCCUCCAGUUAUUCCAGCUGCUGGGCCUGGUGCCGCAAAUGCUGAGGCUGCUGAGGCUGCUGCAAGUCUGGAAAGUCUGAUUGGCUCUCAUCAUCGGCUUUCAACUGAGGAGAAGGAAGCUGUUGACCGACUCAAGGCGUUGGGAUUUCCAGAGUAUUUGGCCCUCCAGGCCUACUUUGCGUGUGAUAAAAAUGAAAACAUGGCCGCCAAUUUCCUGCUCUCGCAAGCCUUUGAAGAUUGA